CCAGCUUAGCUUAGCUUAGCUAGGCCAGCCAGAAGAACAUCGAUGCAUGUGCCGAUUCUCCAGCAGGCUUAUAUAUGCAUGCAUCGAUGCAUGUGGCGAGCAGGCGUAAACUAUUCCCGGCCGGCGGCCGACUGUUUUGUUUGAUUCCCGGCCGGAGGCCAUCACCCUCUGCUUGAUUAGCGCGGGAGGCGAGCCUAGAUCCUCGUGGUCGGCCUCAGUCGGUCGACAUGGAUCAGUGUGCGUCCAGGGUGCUCCCGAUCAUCGACGAGGGGUCGGAGUCGGAGACCGGGUCGACGGAGGGUGUGGCGCCGGAGACGACGACGGGGAAGGCCGCCGCGGCCAGGGCCAUCGCCGAGCGCAGGAGGGCGAUCGUGGCGAGGAUGAGGGAGCUGCUCCGGCGCGCCGUCGUGCAGUCGUCCUCGGGGCCGGCGACUCAGUCCAAGCUCCGCUCAUCCACCGUGGCCACCGCCAAGAAGUGGAAGAGGGUGGUGACCUUCAAGAGCAGAGACCACCGGCGGCAGGCGGCCGUUCACGGCAACCGCGACGGCAUGAGCUCGGCGUCGUCGGUGUCCAGCGCCAGCAGGAACAGCCUGAGCAGCCGGGACGCCGCAUUCCCGCGCUCCCCUCCGCCGCCAUUCGCCGCCGCCCACAAGAUAUGCUUCGAAGACAUCAUGGCGAUGGAGCAGGAUGCCCACUGGAUCACCACGGAUUCCGACUUCGUCGUGCUGGAGCUCUAGACGGUGGAGACGACGACGACGCGGCCGG